AAUCGGCCAAUUGUUAUCUUCUUUUCACUAUUUUUCUCAAUUAUUGUCUCUCUCUUUCUCAAUAAUUGAAGACUUUCUUCGUGUUAUGCUGAAUUGGUUUCUACCCUAACCCAUAGACACAACUCUAUUUCCCCUUGAUCCUUCGAAAUAACUCUCUGGAUCACCAUGGAGUUUGCCUCUGGCAUUGCUGAGACCGUCUCAGUUAGGCUAGCCUCCUAUGCUGCCCAAGAAGUUUGCUUGGCUUGGGGUGCCCAACAUGAGCUCAGGAAGCUCAAUAAGACCUUGUUAGCCAUCAAACUUGUGCUCGAGGAUGCAGAGAAGAAGCAAUUGCAGAAUCCCCUCAUCACUCAUUGGUUAGGAAACCUCAAAGAUGUUUGCAAUGAUGCCGAGGAUGUACUGGACGAAUUUGAGUUCCGAAAGCUCCGCCUCAAAGUGCAACGGAGCGUCAAAGGAAAGUUCUUAAGCCUUCAAGGUUGUGAGGCACUUGAGGAGUUACCCAACGGCAUAGGAAACCUGAUCAACCUCAGACUCUUGUUCUUAACUACACAGCAGAUGUAUUUGCCGAAAGGAGUAUUCAAACGCCUCACCUUGCUUCAAACAUUAUUAAUCUCGAGCUGUAAAAAUCUAAAAUCUCUGGGUGAAGAGAUGGAAUACCUCACUAACCUCCGUCAAUUGUGGAUUGGUAUGUGUGGGAAUCUGGAAUCCUUGCCACCUAACAUGAAGAACUUGACUGCAUUCCAUACUUUGGCGAUCGCUGAUUGUAAGAAGCUUGAGUUAAUGAGGUCGGGGGAAGGCAUCAGUGGUCUCAGAUCAUUCUCUGUCGCCGAAUCAAAUUUGGAGGCUUUGCCCAAUUGGCUUCAAGAGUCCGUAGACACUUUACAAAGCAUGCUAAUCGGAGAUUGUGAUAAUCUCACGGCACUUCCAGACUGGUUACAAAAUCUCACCUUGCUGGAGCAACUGGUGAUUGGGGAAUGCCCCAAAUUGUCUGCUUUGCCGCAAGGGAUGCAUUGCCUCACUGCCUUGAGAGUUUUGAUGAUUAGCGGGUGUCCUGAAUUGAGAAAAAGAUGCAAAAGGGAAACAGGAGAGGAUUGGUCCAAGAUCAAACAUGUCCCAAAAAGGGUACUCGACGACUCUGACGAUGAUUAGCAUCUCAUAUUGUUUAUAUUUGAUGAUAUAAUCAAGGUCCCCAUUUGAAGAGUUGUGAAAUUGCAUGCGGCCAUUGGGAGUGCAUUGGAAUGAAGUUGAAGUGCUGCUUCGCGCUGUACUGCAUUUGUUUGGGACAUGGUUGUUGGAAUUUGAAAAACGAGACAUUUCGUUUAUAAUAAAAGUGAUGUGUGUGAUUGUUGUUUUAAAACGGUGUGAUUAUUUGAGUGACUUCAUCUUUUUCUCAUUUUGUAAUUUGUUGAUUUUCUUGUAUUUAGUAUGUUUCAUCAACUUCAAAACUAUGUAAUUGAAUUGUUGUGGUUUGUCUAUUUUUACCUCGUGAUCAAAUUUGAUAAAAUAAGAAAAUUCAUAAA